AAGGUUGCGUAACGCGCCCUCUGGUGAGAGAACGACACCUAUACCUUAGCUCUAAUAUUUAAACCACUGUGGUGCUCAGUCUUUGUCUCCUAAUGUAGCGCAAGAUGUUUGUGUUUUAAAUGUACCUUCCUGACUUCGGGAACAUAACUUCCUAGACCACGUUUUAACGUAAAACGAGCAAUUUUCGGAAACAAACCUUCUGCAUAGGGACUCCAUUAUGACAUCAUCAUUACCGCCAGUGGAUCAUGUGACUUCAUGUGGAUACGUGACUUUAUGUUUGGUACACGUGACCCCAUUUUAACUCAUGAGACAUGAGCCUACCAAUGGGACACUAUAUUUCAUGGAUACAAGUGAAUAGAAAUAAUAGAAACAUACACGUGUAAAUUUAAAGAAUUCCCUCCACGUGUUUCUCACAAUGCAUAAUGAACAAUGGAUCUGACGUGUACAGGAUACGUAGAGGACACGCUCUAGUCGGCGAAAUACUAUGUCGUCCGCGAAGCGUUUGUUCCUGAUAUUUUUGGUUGUAGGCUCGGUUGUCUUGUACUGUUGUCACGUGAUCUUAUAUAAAUCCUUAGUGAAUCACAAUAAAAGGCGUCCAACCAGAGUGGACAGUAUCGGAUCGCCGGAACCAAACUUCACGACAUUCCACGAGACCAGAAGUAGGCCUAAAAGUAUGACGAGAACGUUUCAUUCCCCGUCUGUUACUAAGAAUAUGACUGGUAUUAGGAACGUAACAAUAGGUAGGACUGCGGACAGCUGUGAUGCUUGUUUUAAGAAUGACUUCCGUUUCAUUGUUAACGCGGACGUCUGUGAAGACUACGACAAGGUGGACCUACUGGUCUUAAUCUUCACAAGACCCAAGGAUUUCCAGGAGCGACAAGUCAUCCGUGAAACCUGGGGCUCACUCUGCACCAAGGCGCACCAGAUCGCGUGCGUAUUUCUUCUGGGAUUCACGGCGGACGCCCAAGUAAUGAUGGAGAUUAAAGCCGAAAGCUGGACACAGGCGGAUAUCGUCCAGCUGGACUUCACAGAAAGUUAUGGCAACUUGACUUUCAAGACCAUGUCAGGAUUUCGAUGGUCACGUGACUUUUGUUCGAAGGCGCGAUUCAUUAUGAAAGCAGACGGUGAUAUGUACGUUAAUCUGGAACUAAUCCCUAUUCUUUUACAGGCCGUUCCCCAGGGGAAAUUUUACGGGGGAUUCUGUUGGGGGGAACAGACUCCCCAUCGAUCUAACUCUUCCAAGUGGUACGUUUCUUUCAAAAGUUAUUCCCACAAAAAGUUUCCUCCCGUCUGCUCGGGGACCGCGUACCUGAUCAGCUCUGAUUUCUUACGUGGACUGAUGAACGUCAGCAGAAACAUUCCGUUCUUUCAUCUAGAAGACGUGUUUAUUGGGAUGGCUGCGAGCGCUCUCAAAGUGAGACCGACUUCCAUCAACGGAUUUACAAACUUGCACGCAUUCUUUACGCCAUGUUCCUAUAGAAACGAAGUAUUGACAUCACAUUAUGUUAAAUCGGGUAUUUUGAAGAAGUACUGGAUAAAAAGCCAAAAAUGUCCGUUAGCAAAACACUCGCCAGCAAUGCUGUAUAAUUCCAAGAAAGUCUAACAGUGCUGGAUCUAACAAAACACUUGUCAACAGUGCUGUAACUAACGCAACAUUCGCCAUCAGUGCUUUACAAGUCGAAAACAAUCUACAAAAUAGGCGCUCAAGGAGUCGUAUUGAACCAACGAUGUACAACGUCAGUACCCCCCUCACACGAUUAUAAUGAUUUCCUAAAUUUUCAUCAUUGCAAAAUAGUGAAAGAUGCCCUUUGAUAUACGUAACAGCCUAUUUUACUAAAUAAAUAUGAAAUAUAA